AUGUCCAAUACUACCGAGUCGGUCAUCCCUUGGAUACGAGAGGGUGGGACGAAGAGCUGCCUGUCUGACAUUUGUGGGAACUUGAAAAAAUCUUUCGUUGACCAAAAAGCAGGCUUCACUCUGAGGCGAAUAAGAAAUUCAAGAGGGGAGAAGUGUGGCGGAAUGUUGGAGCAGAUGUCGCGUGCGAGUUUCAAGCCACUUCGGAUCGAGGAAAACAACAUCAACGAAGCCUCCACGUGGUGCACGGCCCUGGACGAUGCCUCAGGACCGCUGUCUCAGGAUCAACACUACAAGCAAAGAUCUCGGGAAGUCCGAAGUGCUUGCACCAUCCCGGCCAUCGUCAUAUGCAAAAUGACAGGGACUUGUACACCUUUCCUCACCGGGAAUAAGCUCUACUAA